GGAGCGGGCGCGAGCGGCGGCUGCCGGAGCCGCCAGUGUUCGGGCGGCGGCGAGGGUGGCGGUCGCCUGAGUAGUGAGAGCAGGGGCGGCGCGGCAUCCGCAUCCGCCGAGUGUGAUGAAGCUGCCCUGCUUCGCUGCUCCGCUUGCCGCCAGCUGACACCGCCUGCACUCAGCCCGCCCAAGAGGGGAGACGCCGCGGGGCCGUGACCUUGGCCGAGAAGGGCAGACUGGUAAUUCUUGUGUCGAAGAGCCGACCAAGUUUUGGGUGACAUGGCCCAGGGGAAUAAUUAUGGGCAGACCAGCAACGGGGUGGCAGAUGAAUCACCCAACAUGCUGGUGUACAGAAAGAUGGAAGACGUCAUAGCACGCAUGCAAGAUGAAAAAAAUGGAAUUCCUAUCCGUACUGUCAAAAGCUUUCUUUCCAAGAUACCGAGUGUCUUCUCUGGGUCAGACAUUGUUCAAUGGUUAAUAAAGAACUUAACUAUAGAAGAUCCAGUGGAGGCGCUCCAUUUGGGAACAUUAAUGGCUGCCCAUGGAUACUUCUUUCCAAUCUCAGAUCAUGUACUCACGCUCAAGGAUGAUGGCACCUUUUACCGGUUUCAAACACCCUAUUUUUGGCCAUCAAAUUGUUGGGAGCCAGAAAAUACAGACUAUGCUGUUUACCUCUGCAAAAGAACAAUGCAAAAUAAGGCAAGACUAGAACUUGCAGAUUAUGAAGCUGAGAGCCUGGCCCGGUUGCAGAGAGCAUUUGCAAGGAAGUGGGAGUUUAUAUUUAUGCAAGCAGAAGCACAAGCAAAAGUGGACAAGAAGAGAGACAAAAUUGAAAGGAAGAUCCUUGAUAGCCAAGAGAGAGCAUUCUGGGAUGUCCACAGACCUGUGCCUGGAUGUGUAAAUACUACUGAAGUGGACAUUAAGAAGUCAUCCAGAAUGAGAAACCCACACAAAACAAGAAAGUCUGUCUAUGGUUUACAAAAUGAUAUUAGAAGUCACAGUCCUACCCACACACCCACACCGGAAACUAAACCUCCAACAGAAGAUGAGCUGCAUCAACAGAUAAAAUAUUGGCAAAUACAGUUAGACAGACAUCGAUUAAAAAUGUCAAAAGUUGCUGAUAGUCUACUAAGUUAUACGGAACAGUAUGUAGAAUACGACCCAUUUCUUGUGCCACCUGACCCUUCUAAUCCAUGGCUGUCUGAUGAUACUACUUUCUGGGAACUUGAAGCAAGCAAAGAACCGAGCCAACAGAGGGUAAAACGAUGGGGUUUUGGCAUGGAUGAGGCAUUGAAAGACCCAGUUGGGAGAGAACAGUUCCUUAAAUUUCUAGAGUCAGAAUUCAGCUCAGAAAACUUAAGAUUCUGGCUAGCAGUGGAGGACCUGAAGAAAAGGCCUAUUCGAGAAGUGCCCUCGAGAGUUCAGGAAAUAUGGCAAGAAUUUCUGGCUCCAGGAGCCCCCAGUGCCAUCAAUCUGGAUUCCAAGAGUUAUGACAAAACCACACAGAACGUGAAGGAACCUGGACGAUACACAUUCGAAGAUGCUCAGGAGCAUAUUUACAAACUGAUGAAAAGUGAUUCAUAUCCACGUUUUAUAAGAUCCAGUGCCUAUCAGGAACUUCUACAGGCAAAGAAAAAGGUUCUCAGCUGGGACUCUGUAAUAAAAGACAGAUUAACAAGAGAAAAGCAUCCAACUUUACUUAAUAGAAGAUUUACAUGAUGGGAGACCUCAUAAGGAAAUGAGGACCUGAAGAAAAUGGUUGAACUUGAGUGGUUUUAUACUAGAUUUGAUAAAAAAUGAAGAGUCAUGGAAAAAAUAUGAUGGGAUAAUGGGAUGUGACCUAAGGGUGGUGGGGGGAGGGGGAACCCAGAAUUCAAGACUUGAUUGUUCAGAUUCCUCUCAGCAUUCUUUCAUAUUCAUAGAUAAGGAUGUUCCUGUCCUUUGGAUUAAUGGAGGGCAUAAGGAUCUUAUGACCUGACUCUGGAAAAGGUCAGAGUCUUUCCCAUACCUGCUAUUUCUAAAAUCCUUCAGAAUAAAAUGCUCAAUAUGUCACAUGAUUACAUGUUCAAACAUCCCAUCAGCAAACAUCCAGACAGUAUGACUUCAGGGCCCAUUAUACACCUGUCCAUACCUCUUACUGUAACAGUGGUCCACUUUAUGCUUUGAAUAUAGCCCUUGCUGCUCUGCCCCUAAGGCUUAUCUUUUUUUUUUUAAUUCUAAUUUGUUACAUAUGACAGCAGAAUGCAUGACAAUUUAUAUUACACAUAUAGAGCACAAUUUUUCAUAUCUCUGGUUGUAUACAAAGUAGAUUUACACCAUUCGUGUUUUCAUACAUGUAUUUGGGCUUAUCUUAAAACAGAUGUUUUCUCCUCUCUCCCAAAUUAACAAGUGAAUCACACAGGCUGAACACCUGGAAUAAAUCACUUCUUUAAAAACCCUCUGCUCUUCCUGAUGGGCAGAAUCAAGGCCUCUGGGACAGGAGUCUCCUGUGCUUUUUGUUUGCUAGCAAAGCAAUAAAACUACUUUUUCCCUUUUCUCAAAA